AUGCUGUGGACUCGCGUGAAAAGAUAUAUUCAAGCUUACAAUAUGUUUUCGGAAUACGGAAACAACGAUGAAUAUCGAAUUCGAACACAAAUCAUUUCAACUCGUUUCUAUUUGAUCCUUCUGUUUCUAAUUCUUCUUACGUUCACUCUCACUUUACGUCUCGCGUUUUCAUCGACUGAACUUGUCAUACUUCGGCAACCAACAUUUGCUCAAGUCAGUCAACUUGAUGAUUCGGAAUGCUUCUGUUCAAACACGACAGUCCCGUAUGCGGUAUUUCUUUCGAUCCAACCACGAUUUCAUCCGAUUUGUUCCAGUUUUUUCGUGUCCAAAGACUGGAUCGACUUUCUCGGUCAAAGUGCCAUCAAUACCUUUUAUUUACCAAUUGAUUUCCGUGCGACAGCCAGUAUGCAGUUUCAAGCACUUGCAUCGCUAUGCAACAUCUCUCAGACUGUUGUCGAACAAAAUCUUGAUCAGUUUCUCGAAACAAAACUUAUCAGUAUACAACUAGUCAGCGAAUCAUCUCUUCGGUCUCAAAUGGAAGUAGCAGUCACUGACUUUCAAUCCCAUGGGUUAAACACAUUUUAUCAUGAAUUAGAACUUAUUCAGCAAAUGAUUGCGAGUAAUCAACUUCUCUCUGGUUUAGAAACAAACUUUGCUCCCUACUUCGGUUUGUUUUCUCAAUUGUCCAUAACAAUGAGUAGAUACAGUUUCCAACAAACAGUAGAUGCUAGUUCAUGCUCGUGUCGAACGGGAGACUGUCAAUUAUUGUCCGGCAUCUACAACAUGACCAAUAGAUCUCAACUUUAUCCUGACACCAUACGCAUGCGGCCUUACUUGUAUGAUAUCCAAAUGAUUGUUCCAGGUAUGGUAGUGUCAUGUUAUCCAAUGCGGUCAAUGCUUCGUUCAACGUUAGAAUGUUUCUACAAUCAAACAUGCAUUGAUACAUUGAUUUCCUUGGUCGAUUCUCCGUCCAUCGUUCACGUACCUUAUCUGAAUUUCGCCGAUAGAAAUGAUAGUUUACCAUUGAACACGACAGUUGAAGGUCUUUUUAGUAAUCUGAUGAUUGACACAUGGACAAAUAUGAAUUUUUCAUAUGAGAGAUAUUACACAACGUGCGCACCUUCGCCUUGCACGUAUACGAUUGAAAAACAAACUAAUCUAUUCGAUAUAUUCCGACUAUUCAUUAGUUUUUAUGGUGGCUUAAUUAUCAUUCUUCGCUUUCUCGUACCACGACUGGUGAAAUGGUGUCGACACAAACCGGCACAACCAGAGCCUAUGCCGCAAAUAGCGAAAAUAGAUAUCAUUAAUGUUCGUCCGUGGAUGAACAUGAUCCAAGCUCGACAAUAUGUGAUGAAUCUGAAUAUUUUUCGCAAGCGCUAUGAUGAUCCCAACAACGUUCAACGACUUGCCAAUCAACGUCUCGCCACUCGAAUCUUCUUCAUUCUUUUCAUCCUUAUUCUAUCUAGUCUAAUCAUCUACAUCUCUUCUACGGUUAGCUUGCAGCAAGAAACUGCUUACCAGCCCAGCGAACAACAAGUGAAUGUUCUGCGACAACUGAAUUCAAUUUCUCUCUCCUGCCCUUGCACUAAAAUUUCAUUACCGUACAACAUAUUCGUUUCCGUCGAACCGCGUUACCAUCAAAUAUGUUCAAGUGCUUUUGUCAACACAUCCUGGAUGACCUUUAUCACUUUUUAUGCGGCGCCUGCAGCUCUUCCACUUGAAGAUGCUCGUAUAACAGCAGUCGGCUUCUUUCAAAUGUUACACACACUGUGUACAUUCGCUCAGCAAACGAUCGACGAUAGCAAACAUAUUUUUUUGCAAACACAGCUGAUUAGUACGGAGCUCUAUGAACAAUCCUUGCUAGAAUCGAAAGUAGAGGUGGCUAUUCGCGAUUGGCAAGCAACGACCAUCAAUGCAUUUACUCGUGAUCAGCAACUCAUCCAAAAUGUUGUACAAGGAAAUCAAAUCAUGGCUGGCUUUCUUUCGAAUUUCUAUUUCAAUUUUGGACCAGAUAAUCAAUUGCAACCAUUUUCUUUUCCAGUUCACACACAAAGGCUUAGGAAAGAGGUCGAUACUCUGUGCCUGUGUGCUCUGGAUCAACGAUGUGCUUGGCACUCCUUUACUUUGUUCAUAGAUAAUAAUUCAAGCUCCGCAUUUUAUGUUCCUGGUAUGUUUAGUGGAUGCUAUUUAGUAAACAGUAUAUUACAAUCCACAUUGGAAUGCUUUUAUAACCAAACAUGUUUGAAUACAUUUCAAGUUACUUUCGGGGGAUCGAAUAAUGAUCCGCGAUUUCCUAUAUUAGAUUCAUCAUUGAAUCUCAUGAAUGAAUCGAUUGGAUCGAUUGUCAGCCGAUUGAUGGUGGAGAGUUGGAAGACAAAUAUCGAUUUCUCCGCGUAUUUCAACGCGUGUGCAUUAUCAUUUUGCACCUAUGAAUACACUCAAUUUCAUAGUCUUGCUUAUCUGAUCACAAUGAUUGUCGGUGUUUUUGGUGGCUUGACAAGGGGUUUAUGUUUUUUCAUUCCAAUUCUCAUUAAAGUAUAUAGCAAAAUUCGAAGCCGUCAUGUAUCUCCACGAAAAACACGUCGACAACGUCUACGGUUGAUGCUGAAUUUCAUUGCUUCUUUCAAUCUGUUUCGUAGAGUGAACUCAAAUGACGUUCAAUUACAAAUACAACGGCAAAUGACGCGAUUCUAUGUGAUUAUACUUGUGACAGCGCUGUCUGCUGUUUUUCUCUUCAUAGCUCUUCCCUUUCACAAGGAAAUUGUAUCACUCUCAUCGCCAUCGUCUGAUGAAUAUCAACGCCUUUACAAUCGCACCAUUAACCUCCAAUGUGUUUGCUCACGUGUCGCUAUUCCUUAUUCAUCAUUUUUAUCCUUAAAACAACCUCUAUAUCAUCAAGUUUGCUCGUCGGAUUUUAUAUCACAAAAAUGGAUCUCGCGAAUGUUUGCACCAAGUAUCAAUCAAUACUUAGCUGAUACAGUUACUAAAAACGCAUUGCAUUACAAUGUUACCCAAUAUCCUCCAACGGACUAUCGAGCCAUAGCUACCUACCAUUUUCAACUUCUCGCUGCGUUUUGUCGUUUAGUAAAUUCAACAGUCGACGCCACCCUAAAGCAAUUAGCAACACAGCAUUUUGUCAAUGCGUUUCUUCUUGCAUCUGCUGACUUUGACAUGCAAAUCACAGUGUUGAUGAAACAACUCACACAAAUGAUGAGCAGUACAUUCGUUCAGAGUCUUCAUUUAAUUCGAGUAGCGAUGCACACCAAUGCACUUUUCACCAUUACAGCAAGUAAUUGGCAAUUUACUCCUAGUAAUCCCACACCUUACUUCACUGUUCGGACCGAACCUGUUAUUUACAAUCAAUCCACAACGAGUUGCUCUUGUGCUUUAACGCCAUCAUGCACACAGCCAGCCACGAUUGACAAUGUUACUCUUCCCGGCGUGAUGGUAGGCUGUUUUCCGGUUGAAUCACUUCUGCAAUCAUCACUUGACUUAUUAUAUAAUCAAACGCUUGUGGAUCUUCUAUCGAGCGGCACUAAUGACACAUUCGUAGCACUGAACAGAACCAGCGCGAGCCGAUAUCAACCAGACGUGACAACGGUCGAUACAAUCCUAUCCCAGCUUAUGAUAGAAGAAUGGGAACCAGUAGUGAAUUCAACAUCUUAUGACCUAUACUUUGCACAAUGUUCACCUUCAUCGUGCACAUUUUCGAAUAUUAAACGGCGAAGCCUAGUAGCUACUAGUACAGAUCUCAUCGCAUUUGCUGGAGGUUUUUCGAUUAUUUUGAAUAUUCUUAUACCAUUUCUGAUUAAAACUCUUUAUUUCAACAGACAGCGGCGCAAUCAAACCCAGUCAACUAAUGAACCGUGA